AUGUUUGGAUUUAUACAAAGAUUUGGAAGAUAUCACUCACGAAGAAAGAGAAGCGAGUUUGGAAAACAACGUGUCAUUUGGUGGUUUUCCAAGGGGGAACGUGCUAGUACUUCUCAAAACCGUGAUGAAAAGGAGACACCUUUAUUUACACAAGAUGACUACAAGGAAGAGUCGGAUCCCGACUACAUAGCUCCAAGCGAAAGCGAAGAAGACCGUGAUGUCUCCGCAGAGAGUGAUUUUGAAGAAAGUGAUGAUGAAUUAUUGGAAAAUGAGGAAAGGAAUCUUAAUCCAUUGCCCCGACGCCAUGAAUGGACAUUGGUGUUUGCUCUUAAGACUGUGAAAUUAUGCAACAUCCAUCAUAAAAGAGAAUAUACGGUCGCCGCAAGUAGUCCAAAGACGUGUGCUGUGCGGUGCAGUACAUUAAAUGCAGAAAGUGAGGAUGGUGAACCACCAUGUGAGUGGAAGAUGCGUGUGUCUUUGAAAGAUCACUGCCUUCAUGAAAUUGUGAGAUGCCAUGAUGCACAUAAUGGCAUGAUUCCCAUGAAUGAUAAUGACAAUCGGUGUGUGGACGCGUCUUUGAUUGCUAGACUCUUCAGGAAAAAGGUUGAGGACAACGUAGAUUAUACGGCGACCUUGGCACGGAAAGAUGUGAAAACCUUAUUGAAAGUAGAUGUACCAUACAAAAGGACGUGGCACGGGAGGAGGAAAGCCAUAGAAGCGGUCUAUAGUGAUUGGACCUCGAAUUUUGAAGAACUUCCUAGGUAUAUCGUGGCACUUAAGUUUACUAAUUCUAAGACUGUAGUAGAGUGGGAAUGGAAGGAGGGACAAGAAAAUUGGAACAGGAGAAAUAUGACAUUUAAAUACGUCUUCUGGUCAUUUACAAUAGGGGAACAAGGGAACAGUGUAGUCGAUACAGUUGGGGAUCGGCCCUGCUGGCUGGUUUGUACUCUGGUAUGGGCAUAUGAGCGGAUCAAGAGAAUCGCGCCACACAAAAAAGGAGUAGAUUAUAUAUUUGAUGAGACCGCUCCAUUAGUUCAGCGGUGGGAAUGUAGGUACACUUACGGAGACGUCCCAAGGAGCAGCUUGCCACCUUUUAGAGAUCAAUUAACAAGCAUGCGUGUUGAAUAUGGUGAAGUAUUGAACAACAUUCGCGUGAGUUUCGAGCUGUUUAGAGAUAAACAAGAUGAUAACAAUCUCCUAGACGAUGAACUCGAGGAGCAUUUGAACAAAAUCAUCAAUCAAGCACAUGCUACUUUAACCCUGGGUGUAAAUGAUGAGAUUGCUGUGGACGAUACCCAAAUCCUGGAUGAUGAAGAACUAUCUAUCCCCUCACAACCUCCGCCAGGUAAAAAAGCAAAACCGUGGUCGAGAGACAAGAUUGGAGGAGGAAGAAAGAGAAAGAUAGUGAUCCUCCUUGGACAUCGCAAGAACAAAAUGAGGGUCAACAACGAGAGGGCGAGGCAGCUUUUUCUAGAGGCUCGCACAUCCAGGUCCAGACUCAAUUUGAAGACAUUGGUGGACCCGAGACUCAAUUUGGUAGAGAGUCGCAGCCACAACCGGGAGUCCUAUUUCUCACCAUGGGAGAGCCCCAAUCCCAACCCCAACCGCGUCAACAACAGGGUUCAAUACUCACGUAUUCUUGGAGGGAAGACAGGAACAUGCAUGGACCAAAUAAAUACACUCCGGAUGCGCCUAGGAAAGGAAAAGGGAAAAAUGAGCCCUUUGAUAUAUUUUUACAUUUAA